AUGGCAAACCAACUGCGGAAGAAGUUGGUGUAUUCGGUUGACACGCCAUUCUCAACAGUACAAUGGCCUGAAGUCAUCUUUGAAGAUCAAGAUGCCAUUUUGGAACUACUCUGCAGUCUAUUGAUGCCCCUGGGCCAACAUCGCCAAAGGCACAUCCAACCUUCAGAAGGUAAACGGGCCGCCAAACGGAAGAGAAAGGAAGAGGGAGCUGCCGGCAAGGAACCUGAGAAAGCCGAACGCCCACCACUGCCAGAAAUCGCCUCUUUCGUCGACGUUGGGCUGGCAAGUAUCACUCGCAACCUCGAAAGACUCGCAUCGACACAGCAAGGCUCAGAAAAAGACACCAAAGGAUCCAACGCUGCGGCAGUUCCCCCUGCUCCAUACGCCCUCAUUUUCGUGGCCCGCUCCGGCCAGUCAUCGGCCUUCAAUUGUCAACUCCCCCAGAUGGUCGCCGUUGCUUCUAAUGCCACUGCACCUGCGCCCGCGACAAGACUGGUCGGAUACUCCAAGCCAUGUGCCGAGAAACUCAGCGCUGCGGUCGGUAUCCCGAGGGUCUCAUCGAUUGGGAUCCGGGUCGGCGCUCCGAUGUCGAAGGCGCUGGUCGACUACGUCCAGAAGCACGUCUCGCCUGUCAGCGUCGCUUGGUUGGACGAGGCAAAAGAUGCUGUCUACCGUUCUACACAGCUGAAGGUGGAAGAAAAGAUGUUACCGGCCAAGAAGAGCGGCAAGGCGUGA